GCAAAGACGUGACGACUCAAGAUGGCGGAAGACCUGGACGAGCUCUUGAAUGAAGUCGAGUCCAAGUUUUGCAGACUAGGCCCACUGAGACUGGGCUUGGUCGAAGGGCCUAAAGGCUGCGGCGGCGGCACCCACAGCAGCGACCGGAACCAAGCCGAGGCGAAAGAGAAUCUCAGAUCAACAGAAGCAUUUAAAAAGGAAGAUGAUCUUGACAGUCUUAUUAAUGAAAUAUUUGAAGAGCCCAACUUUGACAAGAAACCCUUUAAAUUAAAACCUAAAUCUUCAGGUAACACAUCUGUCAGAGCUUCCAUUCAAGGCCUUAGUAAAAGUUGCAGUCCAGUGUACCUUGGUGGAAGCACUAUUCCAUGUGGGAUUGGAACAAAUACUUCACAGAGAGCGUGUGACCAUCUGCGUUGUAUAGCCUGUGAUUUCUUGGUAGUAAGCUACGAUGACUACAUGUGGGACAAAUCAUGUGAUUAUCUGUUCUUCAGGAACAACAUGCCAGAAUUCCACAAAUUAAAAACAAAGUUGAUAAAGAAGAAAGGAACACGAGCAUAUGCCUGCCAGUGUAGCUGGAGAACUAUUGAAGAACUAACUGACCUUCAGACAGAUCAUCACCUUCGUUGGGUUUGUGGAAUAUAGGAGGAUAUGGACUGAAGUCACCUAUUCUAAAAAGCAACAGAACAACAAGAUCCGCACAUUCAGAACUUCGUGGAAUUUGGCACAUUAGUGCCAAAUCAUAAUGGUGAUUUCUUUUUUUUUUAAUCCCAAUGAGCAAAUUUACUAACUCAUUAACUUAAAAAAAUUUUCAACUACUUUGCCUGUUCUUUGGAGGGACAAAAUUACCUUGUUUCAUUUUUUUUCUUUUAUUAUUAUUUUGUUAAAACUAUCCUGAAAGUGGCAUACAUUGCCCAUAUUUGGUAUCCCAUAAUAACAAUUACAAUAAUUCCUUAAUGUCCGAAAUGUAUGCAUGAGUUCCCCUUUUUUUGGCAAUUUAUAUACUUUUUAAUAUUGUACUAUUUUUAAUCUAAAAUGUGGAAAGAGUAUUGUGUUUAUAUACAAAUGGAUAAUUAUUACCAGUUGUAAUUUAAGCCAAAAUGCAACCAUUUUAGUAUCAGUAUAGAAGAAAAAGCAUAGUUUCUGUAAAUUAAAAGUGCAAAGUCUCUAAAACUUUCAAGAUGUUUUGCCUAUUUGUUUUCAAUGUGUGUAAUAAUUUUCUACCUUUGCCAACUGUCUAUUGUCAAGCCAGGUAACUACUUUAUUUGAACUGUAUAUACUCUCAUACCCUUAUCCCGCCUAGACAUGAGUAAAUAAUAAAUAGCUUUACUCUGUA